CCACAAGCUACGUCCGUUACGUCUCCACGCCGCGCCAACUGUCGCUUGUGCAGUUCAAAUGUCAGUUCAGGUAACAGCGAAAGUCUGCUGUUUGCUCGUUUCUUCACUAACUUGACCAAAUGACCGAAUAACAGAAACAAAUUAACGCCACCUAAUUGAAGCAAAAGAAUCAAAGAGGAGACCACUGUAAUUAACAGAUAUGGGAGCCUUGAUAUCCAGAUGGAAGACAAAGCCAACCACUGUUGAGCAGCUGGAGAACCUCGACAAGGAGAUUAAAGAGCUGGAGGAGUUUAGAGCCAAGAAUCAACGUCUGCAAAAGCUGUGGGUCGGCCGCCUGCUCCUCUACUCGUCGAUCCUGUACCUGUUGACCUCUCUGAUUGUGUACUGCCUCUACCUGCCUGAACAAUGGCUGCACAGAAUAGCGAUGGCUCUGCCUUUCUUCAUAUACCCUGUGCUGGUGUGGUUCAUCAGGAAGCUGUUGAUCUUCCUUUUCUCAAAACGCACUGAGAGAAACAAUGAUAAAUUAGAAGAUUUAAAGGCUGCCAAAAAAAAGAUUCUGGAGGAGGUGAUGGAGACAGAGACGUACAAAAAUGCCAAACUCAUCCUGGAACGUUUUGAUCCUGAAGCUAAGAAGAAAGCUGAGCUGGAGUCGACUCCAGUUCGUCCUCAGAUGACUCCCAGACCAGGACAAGAGAUUCGACAGAGAGGGGUGGCAAUGAGACCCAUGCCCAUGGGAACCCCAGUUGCCAUGGCAAUGACUCCUGUGGGAGCACGGCCCCCAGUGGGACCAGGGGUCACACCUGUGGAACCUGUCCCUCUCUCAGCUCCAGGAGGACCGCCAGAGAGAUCUGCUCUGUCUGGCUCUGUCCACCAGGGGGCAGUACCCAGGACACCGUGCUCCCCUGUACCAGGUGUAGGCCUGCACCCUCCAGGUCCUCCAUUAGCAAGACCGAUUCUGCCCAAAGACAGAGGAACUGUGGACCGAGUCAUUGAGUACCUGGUAGGGGAUGGACCACAGAACAGGUACGCCCUGAUCUGCCAGCAGUGCUUUUCUCACAACGGCAUGGCUCUGAAAGAGGAGUUUGAAUAUCUAGCAUUUCGUUGUGCAUAUUGCUACUUCCUGAAUCCGGCCAGGAAGACACGCCCUCAGGCUCCACGGCUUCCAGAGUUCAGCUAUGAGAGGCGGCUGAGAGCAGAAUCACGUUCCCCUGGACCGUCACCUCGUUCUGGGACUGACACGGAGGAAAGCGCGCCCCCUUCUGGAGCCAAGGCUCCAGCUCCGUGGAAUUUGGUCCACAGUUUCAAGAUCCAGCAGAGUCCAAAGAACCCUCAGAACCGACCUCUGCAGAGUCCAGAUGAGAAAGAGUGCGGAGAAGAUGAAGGACCCACUCAAGAAGUAGAGUGUGAGACCCAAUCAGAGGAGCAGCAGCAGGAGGAGGGAGAAGAAAUGGUUCAGGAGGAGGAAGUGGUGGAAACAGAGAGUCAGCAGAGUGACAGCGCCCCCUGUGAGACAGACUCUCAGCCAUCAUAGCUUCGGAGAGGAGCAGUGACGUCUGAUUGUUCUGUUCCAAUGAAAGGUGUUGCUUCUGGCCAUGAUAGACAGGUGGCAUUUCAGAUUAAUAUAGUUGGACAAGGAUGGUCACCAACUGUACUUUAAUGAUAUCUGUCUUCCUUGCAACCAAAAACGUAAUCAAUCUUACUCAGUUUGGAGCUUUUUGUUUCAUCAUUUUCUUCUUUUUUUUGUCUAAUUUUGACUGACCAUCAUAUUAAGCUCGAGCUCGCAGAGGAGAUCAUGUAGAUGAAAUGUAUUUUUAUUUAAAAACAUAACGCACGCUUCAUGAUAUUUAAUAUUCAAAUUGUCCAGUGAUAUUGCCAAAAAUGAUGCCAGUGUAUCACGGCCUAAACACAUGGAUUGGUUGAUUGGGAAGGCGUCAGAUGGAUGAUUGUAGUUUUAAUCUUCGGGCUGUUUCUCAGUAGACAAGAUGGCUGCUGGUGAUGCUUUGUGUGUAGUGGCCGACAGAUAUUUUUUUUUGUGUUCUGUGAUUUACAGUAAGAGGUUCUUUUAGGUUUGGUAUGGUUUUAGAUAGAACUGCUGGUUCACAAAUAGUUGCAGCUUAAAUCUAAAUUCCUUCACUGACCCUGACUCCACUCGGAGUGGUGCCGCCACACUUUGCUGAAUAUCACAGUUUAGUAUGAUGAAGAUUUAAGUAUUGUACGUACUCAUUAUUUAUUGUUAAGAUCAUAACAAUAGUUCUUAACACAAACUUGUUCAGAGUCAGAACAUCGUCAGAUGUGUUUACAGUACAUAUGAGGUUUCAGGCUGCUGUUUUUAAUCCCCCAUACAAACCUUUAGCCUAAUGAUAAAUAAGGUUGAUAAUUUUGUUGUAACUACAUUUAACACUGAUGCAUGUGAGGGUGGCGAAAAUAUAAAAUCACAGUCUAUGUAAUUGCAGUCAAGAUCCACAUCCACUGAAUUCUGACCUUUGCCUUCAGUCUGUAGGCCUUGUAGACUGUAGCCAGACUUUAAACAGCCCAUGAAUUUCUCCAUUUAAACAAAGCUUUGCAUAAAAGAGAGUUCAUUUAAGAGGACAUUCAUUUUCCUCAUCUGUUGAAGAUCAAUCACGAGCUAAGACCUAAAACCGCCCACCCUUAUAUGCAUGUACAUGUUUUAUCCUGCUGUAAUUUUUAACGAUUCGUGGUCUUUUUUUUAUUUUUGUUUUUUAAUUUAUUCCGUUGCUCCAGACGAGUGAUAUCUAAGACAUGAGAGGUUACCCAGACAAACUGCAGUUGGUGCAUUUGAACACGACUAACACAACUUCUCCUUGUGAGCUGCACUCACGUCUGCAGAGCAGCUUCUGAAGCUGUAGGUCAAAUGUGAUUCUUCAGACCUUUCAGUGUAACCCUGCAGUUCUGUGUGCUCUCUCUGGGUAGAAACAACAUGUGGGAAAAAAUUUGAUGUCAUUUUUCUUAACCAAGCUUUUUUUUUUGCAGUAUGGGAAAGGUGAACAUUUACAGUUGCAUUUUAGUUUAGCUUUUUUAGGUGAAGGCUGUCAACCUUAGACAGCUUAUUAGUUUGAUGCUAGCAUGAGUGUUAAUAAACAAUGCUGACAAUGAACUGAACUUUUUGGCAGUUGAGGAAAGAUUUACAGACUGGAGCUAAAAAUGCCAAAUUAUCUCGUUCUGGUUGUUGCCAUUCAUAGUUCUCAGUCGGAUUAUCAUUUGCCAAAUGCACUGCGUUUUCUUGUUGUCCUGUAUUUGUUGACUCCAUUUGUACUGAGUUUCUUUGUGUAUUUAUUUGGCCAUGAGUUUUAACUUGUAGUUCAAGUAUUGCUGCACUGUUUGGUUUUAAAUAAUCAGAGGCAUAGAGGCCUUCAAGAAGCUGCAGAUUAACAUUUAUUGAAAUAUUUUAGGUAUUUACAUUAAUUUUAAGCAUUUUUAAAUGUGUGCACUCCGUAGAUGCCUGGUGCUGUCACAGUGCUUGCUUUGGUUGCUGCUGCUGUUUUCGUUAGUUUACCGCGUGAUCUGCCGUAUGUUAGCCAUUGUGGCAACAUUAAAAUUGAGGAGGUUCAGGUUUUGACUACAGUUUAUUCUGUUAUUGAAUGGAACUGGAAGAAAUAGUGAGUGUCUAUGCAAAUGUAAAUAUGUUGCAUCACCAGGUCUGGUCCAAGCAACACACCCAGGCUAAGUGGACAAAAUAUUCUUUAGGGGAAAACAGUUGAUAUGUGUAUUCUGGUCUGUUUCAUUUGGGAUUUUACCAGUCAGCUGUGACGUCCUCAAAACCUCACAACGGCACAAAGUCGUCUGAUAAAAGUUGUAAAGCUUUGGGAGAGCCUUCUGAAUGUGCACACGGCACAAAAAACCCUUUGUUGAAUGCUGAGAAAAGUUUAUGUCAUGAAUUUAAAAUAGCCUGACUUCUUGGUCAUUUCCUGUGCAAAAUGCUGCGUGGCGGUAAACUGCACCAGCUAACUGACUUGUGGUGAGCUGGAUGAUACAGUGUUAACAAGCUUCGUAUCCCCCAUAAAACCUGCUGGUGAUGAAAACGUGAAGCUGUCAUUUUAUUAUUUAAAAACUUCUCAGCUCCUCAACACAUUGACACGUGUUCAUACCUGUUUGUAUUUGUAGUUUUUCUUCCGUUAGGUUUCUUUGUUAUGUUUUUGCCAAUGCUGGUUGUCUUUAAGUGUGUGCAUGGCACGCCUAAUAAAAUUUUUCAACAACA